AUGGACCCAGAAAACGAAGUUGUAAAAUUGCUGCUACGCGUGGGGCAGAAAAUCAACAAGGGUGCGGAGCAGCUGAAGCCAUUUAUCAAAAUCAUCGUGGAAGAUAAUUGGCUUGAUUCCCUGGAGAGUUUGAAGAAUCUAGGGGAAGAUGAAUGGAAUAAGCUAAAAAUACCCAUACGGUUACUCGACGAAAUUAAGAAAGAGUUGGGAAUUAGUAAGGAAAAUGAUAAAAGUACAGAACAUUGUGAUAAAGAUCUGCCAAACCACAUAGGCAAAAUUGGACCGAGUGAAAAGAGGCCUCCGAGGGAGUUAGGACAUCAAAAUGGUGACGAAAAAUCCAACUUGAACAGUUUAAAUAAGCAACAUAGUUUAAGUAAUUUGCAUAAAAAGCUGAAGAAAGGUGUCAUGGACGAAUGUGCGAAUAGCCACCAAGCACUUCGAGAAGAUUGUGAACUGAAGAACCAAAGCACCAGAAGAAUUAGUACAUCAGGUUGCACCAAUGUGGAUGAUAAAAAUGUGGAUAAAAGGAAAGGCGGAACAGGUAGAAGUAUAAAGGUGGCAGAAAAUGGGGAAGGAAUAAAAAGUUCAUUUAUAAAAUAUGAUAAGGACAAACUAGAGAAAAUGAUUGAAAGUAAUGUUACAGAGAUUCCCAAGGAGGACAUUUUUUACCUAUCCUAUGAUGACGAAAAUUACCCCUGCCGUAGCUAUUCGGAGGAAAAAAUCAGUACAAUUAAAUGCAUUAACGAAGCGGAGAAACUGAAAAAAAUUAACAUGGAUGAUUUAAAAAGUAUCAUUCCAAUUUUGUGUAAAAUUGUAAAAAAUAUUUUAAUAAAUCCAAAUGCUAUAAAUACAAGAAUUUUGAAGUCUACCAAUGAUAUAAUGAAAAAAAAAAUAUUGAUACAUCGAGAGGCCAGGAAUUUUUUACUCUCCAUAGGCUUUGUCGAAGUGCACGUAUUUUACGUGAUGGAGAGAGUAGACACUUUGUUGUUACUAUGCAUUUAUGAGAGUUUGCAACAUAUCGCCAAGGAUUCCAUAAAAAUUGAUAGUCCUCCCAAGGCUGCCUUUGACCCCUUUAAAUCGAACAUUGUCUGUGUGGAUACCCUAAAGAAGGGCAAAAUAAAAAGCGAUGAAGAAAUAGACAAGCUGCUACGCGAGAAGAAGGAGCAAAUGGAGAAACUAAUGAACCAGGCCGUCGACUUGAAUCCAAAAAUAUACCGCUUUCAGUCGAAUGCGCCAAAAGGUGGAAGCUAUAAUUCGUCAGAUUCGGAAAAGGAAGAGCAAUCAGAAGAUUUAGCAUUUCUUAUCCCCAAUAUUAGAAAUAUGUACAAAGAACAGACCUUCAAGUCGAAGACCAAACUGGAGUUGGAGAAAAUGUCCACCAGAAAGGUUUAUUCAAAGGCGGUUUUGAAAAUAUUGUUCCCUGAUUCUUAUGUCCUUGAAAUGUCCUUUUCGGCUGGGACCUCAAUACAUGAGGUGAAUGAAAAUAUAAAAAAGUUCCUCAACCCGUCUGUGGCGCCCAAGAAAUGGUUCAUCUAUGAAACUCCGGGGAUAUGUAAAUUUGACCCGCAGAAAAGGCUGUCCGAUUGCAACCUGAUUCCAUCUGCCCUGUUGAGAUUUAAAGUAGAUCCUGCGCAAGAAGGCGAAGCUCACAAUUCGUUCUUAUCUGAUGAUGCCAUUGCCAAGUAUUUUGUCAAAUCGUGA